GAUUGGAGCCCGGGCCCAGGCUGCGGAGCGGAGACUGCGCUCCCAGCGCCCGCGGCCCGAGGGGGCGUCCCACGCUGAGGGCUGCCUGCUGAGAUGUGACCCAGUCCCGCCGCCCAUGUGCGCCCCCGGACCCUCAGCGAGGGUGGCGGCCAGAGGGGCCCCGGCAUCCGGCCUCCUGGCCCUGCUGUUCCUGCUGCUGGUGGCCGCGCCGACGGGACGAGCAGUUCCCUGUGUCUCUGGUGAUCUGCCUAAACCUACAAAUGUCACCUUCAUAUCCAUAAACAUGAAGAAUAUCCUACAGUGGAACCCCCCAGAGGGCUUACAAGGUGUGGAAGUUAGUUAUACUGUGCAGUAUUUCAUAUAUGGGCAGAAGAAAUGGCUGAAUAAAUCUGAAUGCAGAAAUAUCAGUAGGACCUACUGUGACCUCUCUGCUGAAACUUCUGACUAUGAACAUCAAUAUUAUGCUAAAGUUAAGGCCAUGUGGGGAACAAAUUGCUCCAAAUGGGCAGAAACUGGACGAUUCUAUCCUUUCUUAGAAACACAAAUUGGCCCACCAGAGGUUGCUUUGACUACUGAUGAGAAAUCCAUUUCUAUUGUUCUGACGGCUCCAAAGAAGUGGAAGAAAAAUCCAGAAGAAAGCUCUAUUUCCAUGCAACAGAUAUACUCUAAUCUGAAGUAUAAUGUGUCCAUAUAUAAUACUAAAUCCAAUAGAACGUGGUCCCAGUGUGUGACAAACGACACGCUGGUCUUCAGCUGGCUGGAGCCGGCCACUCUGUACUGCGUGCUCGUGGAGUCCUUCGUCCCAGGCCCUCCUCGCCUCACUCAGCCCUCUGAGAGGCAGUGCGUCAGUACUCUCGAAGAUCAGACAACAGCAUUGGAGGUUAAAAUCAUCCUCUGGUAUGUUUUGCCCAUAUCUGUUACCGUGUUUAUCUUCUCUGUGAUGGGCUACUCCAUGUACAGAUAUAUCCAUGUCGGCAAAGAGAAACACCCAGCAAAUCUGGUUUUGAUUUAUGGAAAUGAAUUUGACAAAAGAUUUUUUGUACCUACUGAAAAAAUUGUGAUUAACUUCAUCACCCUCAAUAUUUUGGAGGAUUCUAAAACUUCUCCCAAGGAUAUAAGUGUAAUGGAGAAAAGCAGUGAUGCAUCAGACCUGAAUGAGCCCAUCGAGGACCAGGAACACCAUUGGGAGGAUGUGGAGGUGGAACACCUUGGCUACGUAUCACAUGUGAUGGACAUUGUAUAUGACCUUGAGAAAAGCUCCAGAGGGGCUUCCUUAACCCAGCAAGAGCCACCCAGCAGAUCAAUGCCCAUGGGUAAAGCAGUCAUUGAAUAUGAAUAUGAUGUAAGAAGUAGUGACACUUCUGUGGGGCCUAGAGGACAGGAGUUCAAUUUGCAGGAGGAGGUGUCCCUACAAGGAAAGAUAUUUGAGCAACAGGCAACUUUAGCAGACUUGGGUCCACAGACACCGCUGUAUUCAUAUACCCCUCAGCUCAGAGACUUGGACCAUCUGCGGCAGGGGCAUGCGGACACAGAGGAGGGGCCAGAGGAAGAGCCAUCCACCACGCUGGUUGAUUGGGACCCUCAGACUGGCAAGCUGUGUAUGCCUUCAUUACCCAGCUUUCAACAUGACCCAGAGGGAUGUGGGCAUCCUGAAUCUGAGGGGGUCAGGGAGGAGGGCCUCUUAUCUAGACUCUACCAGGAUCGGGCUCCAGACAAGGCACCCGAAGAAAAUGAAGCCUAUCUCAUGCAAUUUAUGGAAGAAUGGGGAUUAUAUGUACAAAUGGAAGACUAACCCUCAAACGUCCCUUUGCCAGACCUCUACUGUUAACACAACGUCAGUCCAGAGAAGUGACCCAACAAUAAAGUACCUGAGAUAGAAGUUUACUCAGAUUUCUGUGUCAGUGAGAAUCACUUAUUGCUUUUAUUUUCAUAGCACUUGUUUAGUUCUGCCUCAUAUGGGAUUCCGUCAUGCAUGGGGGUCUCCCGCACUAGUGGUGGGCACCCAGAGAGCAGGGGCUGACCCUCUUUGUACCCAGUAAAUAUUCAAAAAUGUUGACCAAACUGGAUGCAGAAUUUAUUUAGGUGGGUAUACGGUAGUCUUCUUAUGUAUGGUUUUCUAACACUUGUGCGGUUUUUCCUGGCCUUUACCAACUGUGAAAGUGUUAGUCACUCAGUCGUGUCCAGUUCUUUGCAACCCCAUGGACUGUAGCCCACCAGGCUCCUCUGUCCAUCGAAUUCUCCAGGCAAAAUGUUGGAGAGGGUAGCCAUUCUCUUCUUCAGGGGGUCUUCCUGACCCAGGGGUCGAACCCAGGUCUCCUGCAUUGCAGGCAGAUUCUUUAUCAUCUGAACCAUCAGGGAAGCCCUUACCAAGUAUAUAGCACUGUAAAAAAAACAUUCCAUGAAGAUCAUUCAUAGUACAAGUGCUACUUUUUUAGAAUUUGGUUUGUUGCCCAAAUGAUGACAUACUUAAAACUUGCAAAUACCUCUAAGUGAGUGGGAAGUGGUCACAUUUAAAGACCCAAAUCCACUCUUUAGUCAUAAUAAUACACAUUCAGAGUGAAGGAAUCAGGCAGAGAUCUUGAUGUCACAUGAUUUGGACUACAUUAAGUGGAUAUAUUAAUACUUAAGGAGAAGUUCUGGAGUGUAAACAUAAAUUGUUGUUAUUAUUUUAUACUCAGAAAAUAUUCUCUCAAUAAUUUAGUGGGGGCUUUUUAGUAGGGAAUUAACCUAAAAGAAAAUGUCACAUUUUAUAAUAGAGUCUUACCUUUAUUUCUGGAAAUGUGUUUUUCCAAAUAUAUUUAGGUAGUCUAUAAACCAAAACAUAUUUAGUAGCUGAGUCAGUUACCGUUCAGUUCAGUUCAGUCACUCAGUGGUGUCCAACUCUUAAUGACUCCAUGGACUGCAGCAUGCUAGGCUUCCCUAUCCCUCACCAACUCCCGGGGCAUGUUCUAACUCAUGUCCAUCAAGUUGGUGAUGCCAUCCAACCAUCUCAUUCUCUGUCAUCCCCUUCUCCUCCUUCAAUCUUUCCCAUCAUCAGGGUCUUUUCCAGUUAGUCAGUUCUUUGCAGCAGGUGGUCAAAAUAUUGGAGUUUCAGCUUCUGCAUCAGUUCUUCUAGUUACUGUUAUUAUAAUGUUAAAUAUUCUAUUUGAAUGAACAGUGCCUUAAAGACUUCUUGGAAUUUAUGUGAAUGAAUAUCCCAUAACUGCAUAAUCUUAAAACCAGUAAAUAAAGACAUACAAAAGAAAUGUUGAGUUUAUAUGUAAGGGGGAGUGUAUUAAAAUUUUGACAUAGUUUACUGUGGGAAUGAAACUGUUUCAUAAAACAAUACCAACCUUGUUAGAUUCCAGUAACCAUUCCCACCUCCUUCACUAUUUGCCUAGAAAAUAAAAUUCAGUAGUAACACUGUGUUAAAAUAUGACAGAAUCUGUUAAGCCAAACCAUAUGAAAUUAUUCAUGUUUGACCUGCAGAGACAACAAUUUCCUAUAAUUUAUCUUACUGUAUGUUUGUUUUAAUCAUGAACUCAUGAUCCACUGAUGCUCUUUCAGGAAAACAGAUACUAUCCAUGUUUUCUUAUUUAUGUUCUUGGCACAGACAACCCUGGACUCUGAAGUCAUGGUCUUUUGAGAUUGUCCACAAAUCCAAACAGCUACUGAUCUAGCGAUUUAAUUUAGAGCAUAAUUCUAUUACCAGAGCGUCCUGUUUUUCUCAAUCUUUGUAAAAAUGAUGCUGCUAGUUUUGAAGAACAAAUGCAUUAUUAAGUAGAUAUGUGAGAGUGUAUGAAAGGUUUGACAUAAUAUACUGUGGGAACGAAUGUAUAUCAUAAAACAAUACUAUCCUAGUUAAACUCCACUAGCUAUUCCCUUCUCCUUCACCAUUUGCUUCAAAACAGACAGCCAGAAAAAGAGACACAGAAAUACAGAACAGACUUUUGAACUUUGUGGGAGAAUGUGAGGGUGGGAUAUUUCAAAAGAACAGCAUGUAUACUAUCUAUGGUGAAACAGAUCACCAGCCCAGGUGGGAUGCACGAGACAAGUGCUCCGGCCUG